GAAGAUUAUAAAUCAACGUAACUAAUUGAAUCCCGAUAUAAUUAAUGUUUCGAUUUCUAUCAUUCUUUUGCAACUGCAAGAAAGCAAAUUAAAAUCCCGCGUGAAAUAUAAGAGAGUUUUAUAGUCGAAAAAGGAUAAAAAUAUAAGAACAUAUAAUAAGAUGUUAUUCUCACAGAUGCAUCGCGAAUAUAAGAGAUCGUCGGGAUGAUGUUCGUAAGUAGUAAAUCGUAAUGUCGUAAGUGGCAUUGUUGGACACGAACCGAAGCACGAACUCGAGGUGUACCAAGUGUUAACAAGUGUUUGGACAAAUCUCAUCACGUGGAGCGGUUCGCCAAGACACGUGCCGCUGUUUAGAAAUAUUAUCCUGCACGCGCCUGGCACGUGUCGAUCGUAUCUUUCAAUCCUCGAGACGUGUUCGAGGGUGCGCAGGUACGAUCAGAAAUUCCGGCAAACUAUGAAAUCGUUCGACACGAGGAUUUGAAAUUUAGUUGCUAAGCUCGUCCAAUAAUUAAACGAUUAUCAUUCAAAGCGUCUAGAGCGAAGAAUUAAAUGGCGUGAGAUACACGACGGUCUCGUCGUUCUACGUCUAGUCAAUACAAUCUAGUCGUAUUUUUCGUUAAUUAGUUAAUAAGUGAGCGAUCUUCGGAUCCAAUAAGGGACGUUAAAUUAAGGAAAGUACAUCAAUAUCCGCGAGACCUUUAAUUAUUAAAUCUGAGUGAUUAUUCGCGAACUGGACGUUAAACACCGUCAUUAUGUAUUCGAUGGACAAUCUCGAACGGGAUAUGAUGAACCGGCAGUACAUGUAUGAAGCGCACACCUUCCUCGGUAAUCCGGCAAUUCCGGCAUUGCCACCACAUUGCGGGAUACCCACCACGGCGACGCUUCCGGCGGUGAUCCCGUCGCAGAUCCCGUCGUCCCAUCAUCCAUCCGGUAGCACCGGUAGCACCAGCGGUAGCGAGCACUAUCUCUACGACGAGAACAGCAGUGACAACGAGAGCGUCUACAGCAGCGAUCAGGAGAAUCACGCGAGAGAACGAAGUCGGAGUAACCGGCGCGGCGGACCAUCGGGAAAAUGUCCGAGACAGGUCCAGGUUCAGCAACGGCAGGCGGCGAACAUGAGGGAGCGAAGACGAAUGCAGAACAUAAACGAUGCCUUCGAGGGCUUGAGGGCUCAUAUACCAACCUUGCCGUACGAGAAGAGGCUGUCAAAGGUCGACACGCUGAAGCUGGCAAUCGGUUACAUAAACUUCCUCAACGAGCUCGUCAGGGCGGACAAGGGUAACGACCCCUUGACGGGCAAUAGCGGUCUCUCGAGGUGUUCCAGUCGAGAUGAAUCCAAGAAGGUCAUAGUCCGUGGUAGCGGUGGGAAUCCAUUCAUCUCGCACUCGCUCUCGUGGUCGAGAAAAUCGGAUAUCUCGCCGAACGGCACGAUGUACGCGAAGGUGUGGACGCCAGAAGAUCCGCGAACAUCAAAAAAUGGGACGACGUUCGAGUAGAUGGCGAAUUUGAUUUCGUUUUACGAGUAUAAGCCGAGGAUCGGACACAUCGCACGGUUGUGAGAACAUUUCUCAUCUAGAGUGUUAUUUAGUGUCUAAGGGAAAUGUUUCUAGUCACUGAUCCUCGUUAUUUGUACCUUACGAUCAUCGAAAGUCUCCGAUUUUUUGGACGACGAAAAUGGUCAUCAAUUUAUACAUCUCGCGAUUUCAUCAAAAAGGUACGGUAAAUCGAAUUAACCAUUACAAAAUACACGCGUUUGAGUUACAUUUUUUAUAUA